AUGUUUCUGCAAGAAGCAUGCCUUAGGAAUUUAACAUAUGCUGCUCCUCUUUAUGUCAACAUAAAAGAAGAGACAAUGAUAACAGAUCCUAGAAUGCCAGAAAACAGAGAAAAAGCAAUAUUAAAUGAAAUUUUUGAUGAAGAUGAUUUAAAAUAUGACCCUGAAGAAACAUCAUAUGAUGUAGAAAAGAUUCCGGUUAUGUUAAAAUUAACAUUUUAUGUGUUACAAGGUUUAGAUGACAAGAGUCUUUAUGCUUUGAAUGAAUGUCCUUAUGAUCAGAGUGGUUACUUUAUUAUAAAUGGUUCUGAAAAAGUGUUGAUUGCACAAGAAAGAAUGAUGUUUAUGUUUUUGAAAAAUCACUGCCUUCACCUUAAUAUAUAUAUAUAUUCAUUCACAGCUGAAAUUAAAAGUGCUAUAGAAAAGGGAUCCAAAUUAAUCAGUUCAUUAAUGAUUAAGCUUUUAGCUAAAACAGCUGAGAAAUAA